AUGCAUUGCGGGCCUCCCGACAUGGUCUGCGAGACGAAGAUCGUGGCCGCGGAGGAGCGCGAGGCGCUGCCGGGGCCCGGGAGGGGCGCGCUGCGCGCCGCCGCCGGCGCCGGGUGGCCCCCGCUGCCCGCCGCGCCGGCCCCGGCCGCCGCGCCGCCUCCCGCGCCGGGCCCGCAGCCCCGGGGCGGCGCGGGGCCCGCGGGGCCGCCGGCGGGGCGCGGCGUGUGCAUCCGCGAGUUCCGCGCCGCCGAGCAGGAGGCCGCGCGCCGCAUCUUCUACGACGGCAUCCUGGAGCGCAUCCCCAACACGGCGUUCCGCGGCCUGCGGCAGCGCCCGCGCGCGCAGCUGCUCUGCGCCCUGCUGGCCGUGCUGUGCUUCGCCGCCACCCGCUCCCUGCUGCUGGCCGGGCUGGUGCCCGCCGGGCUGCUGGCGCUGCGCUACUACUACAGCCGCAAGGUGAUCCUGGCGUACCUGGAGUGCGCGCUGCACACCGACAUGGCCGACAUCGAGCAGUACUACAUGAAGCCUCCCGGCUCCUGUUUCUGGGUGGCUGUGCUCGACGGCAAUGUGGUGGGCAUCGUGGCCGCACGGGCCCACGAGGAGGACAACACCGUGGAGCUGCUCCGCAUGUCCGUGGACUCCCGCUUCCGUGGCAAGGGCAUCGCCAAGGCGCUGGGCCGGAAGGUGCUGGAGUUUGCCGUGGUGCACAACUACUCUGCCGUGGUGCUGGGCACCACCGCUGUGAAGGUGGCCGCCCACAAGCUGUAUGAGUCCCUGGGCUUCAGACACAUGGGCUCGAGUGACCACUACGUGCUGCCUGGCAUGACCCUCUCGCUGGCCGAGCGCCUUUUCUUCCAGGUUCGCUACCACCGCUACCGCCUGCAGCUACGCGAGGAGUGACCACCACCG